GAUUUUGGAUACAGUCUUGUAAAGGGAAGUAACUCAAACUAAAUCUUGUUUUUUAGAAAAAACGAACGACGUUCUUUGCGAAUUUUGAAUGAAUACACUUUGUCAUGUCACGAUUUUAGUUGAAAAAGAAUUGAAAUACAUAAAAAUUAGUUUUCAAAGGAAGAACACUGAAUGUUUGUGGAGUUAUGAGUGGGGGAAUUGCACCCAGUAAAAGUACACUCUAUGUGUCAAAUUUUCCUUUUUCCCUAACCAACAAUGAUCUGCAUAAGAUUUUUGAGAAGUACGGAAAAGUGGUGAAGGUUACUGUAGUGAAAGACAAAGUUACAAGAAAGAGCAAAGGCGUUGCUUUUGUACUAUUUUUACAGAGAGACUCCGCCUACCAAGCUGUAAGGGCACUCAACAAUACACAGCUGUUUGGAAGAACCAUUAAGUGUACAAUAGCAAAAGACAAUGGUCGUGCAACAGAAUUUAUUCGUAAAAAGACAUAUCCAGACAAAUCUAAAUGUUAUGAAUGUGGCGAAGAAGGGCAUCUGAGUUAUAAAUGUCCGCAUAAUAUCCUCGGAGAAAGAGAACCCCCGCCGAAGAAAACAAAGAAAGAGAAGAAACGUGAACGGGAUGAAAACAACGACUUUAAUGACUUAUCAGAGUCAGAUUCUGAUGAGGAAGGGGAAGACCCCAAAGCGGACAGCUUAGCUGCUGCCAUUCAGUACCAGCAAAACAAACUUGAAGAGGAAUCGUUACCCAGCACAAGCUUUAGUUCUCGAGCUGCCAACUAUAUUUCAUUGGAAGAUUUCAGCGAGCCGAAAAGAAAACGUUAUAAAAAAGACGCUUACUUUAGUGACGAAGAGGAAAUAGACGAUGACACUUGAAAGGAUUAACUCCACUAAAUUUUCAUAAUGGACUUCACCAACAUUAAGAACCAUCCAUUAGUAGAAUAAGGGAUCUUUGUGUCAAUUUUUUUUCUAAAUUGAGCAUCGAUGGAUGUUGUGUGAUAAAUGUGAGCAGACUGGCCUUGUUCCAACCCUUAUACUGGUGACUUGAAGGUUAAAUGAUUUCCCCAUCAUUACAUUCAUCAUUCUUGAUGAUAUUUGUGAUACACUGAUUACAGAGGCUACAGUGAUGUAGAACAAACAUUAGCACUGUUAGUAAUAGUUGGGAAGACUGUCCUCCUACGUAGUAACUUUGAUACAUGUCUUACACUUACUGGUAUUAUAUAGACUUGGAUAGGGAAAUAUAUUAAAUUUUGUUGAAAACUGCACUGUCCAUAGCUUAGAUCUUUGAAUUUAGUAUUUUCUAGUGACCCCUUCAACAAUGACACAACCCAUGUGAUAUAGUUACUUCUAUAUUGAUAAAAUGUGACCUUUCCUAGCUAUGGAUGUCACAUGAGCGAUCUAGGGCAAUCAUGGUCCUCUUGUUUCAUACAUGCCAUAAUGUCCCGGAUGUCGGGGAAUGUCCCGUAAGUAAGGUGUCUGUCCCGGAGGCGUCCCUGAGAUGAUUUAUGUUCCGGUUAAAUUUGUUUGUUUUUGGAUUUUUAGCUUGUUUGUUUUAAAGAAAUGUUAGGCUAUUAUGAUAGCUGUGUGGUUGUUGUCAAUGUUGUGCAAAUAACAUUAUUGUAGCCAAUUUUUAAAACAUUUUAAAGAGUAUGAAACUGGAACAUUUGUUUAUGAUGACAAGGUGUAGUUGUUAGACAAGGGGCAUAAU